AUGGAAAUUAAUUACUAUGAACUGACUUCAGAAUUAGAUCCGAGGGAGGUAUUAAGAUAUCUUAACAAUCUAGGUAUUCACAACAUCAGUGGAGAAGUUCUUAAAUAUUUCAUUACAGAUUUAAAGAAGUUGAUAAAGUAUGAUCUACAACAGAAAAAUUUAAAUCACGAAACGGUCAGUUUGCAAGGUCCAGAGAGAUUGCAUAGUGCUAGCACAUUUUCGUCACGAAUCAGAUCAAAGGUCCAAGACGGUGCACCCUUACAGUGCACAAGGGAGUGUCAUAAUACAAAUAAAGUUACGCAUGUAAGAAAUAUACAGUCUGCACCUAACUUAAGGAGGCAGAAGCCUGAAGAGAAACCAUUGAGAAGAGCGUGUUCUUGUGUUCGUGUGGAGAAGAAACCUGGACUAUUUAAGGACAAAAGUACAACAAGUACGAAUAAUAAUUUAAUAAAGGUAAAUAAACCCCCCGUAAUAAAGAAAUGUGACCCAGUAACAUUGUACCACUAUUAUACCUCAUUAUGGAAUAAGUACAAGACAAAUGUUCCUGGAGAGAAUGAUUGGUCUGAUCUUCGAUGGAGUAUUCGUCAAAAAAUGGCAGGCAAUGUUCCUAUGCAGGUUGCAAAUAAGGUGCCUGAAUCCCAGAGAGACAAACAGCAAACUGCUAAGUCCUGA